AAGCAACAACUGCUGAUGUUAUACUUCUACGUCUGGACUGCUGCUCUUUGGGGGUUUGAGGCUGGGUGUCUGUAAAGCAACACGUCUGGACGGCUGCUCUUUGGGGGUUUGAGGCUGGCUGUCUGUAAAGCAACAACUGCUGAUGUUAUACUUCUACGUCUGGACGGCUGCUCUUUGGGGGUUUGAGGCUGGCUGUCUGUAAAGCAACAACUGCUGAUGUAAUACUUCUACGUCUGGACUGCUGCUCUUUGGGGGUUUGAGGCUGGCUGUCUGUAAAGCAACAACUGCUGAUGUUAUACUUCUACAGCUGGACGGCUGCUCUUUGGGGGUUUGAGGCUGGGUGUCUGUAAAGCAACAACUGCUGAUGUUAUACUUCUACAGCUGGACGGCUGUUCUUUGGGGGUUUGAGGCUGGCUGUCUGUAAAGCAACAACUGCUGAUGUUAUACUUCUACGUCUGGACUGCUGCUCUUUGGGGGUUUGAGGCUGGCUGUCUGUAAAGCAACAACUGCUGAUGUUAUACUUCUACGUCUGGACGGCUGCUCUUUGGGGGUUUGAGGCUGGCUGUCUGUAAAGCAACACGUCUGGACGGCUGCUCUUUGGGGGUUUGAGGCUGGCUGUCUGUAAAGCAACAACUGCUGAUGUUAUACUUCUACGUCUGGAUGGCUGCUCUUUGGGGGUUUGAGGCUGGGUGUCUGUAAAGCAACAACUGCUGAUGUUAUACUUCUACAGCUGGACGGCUGCUCUUUGGGGGUUUGAGGCUGGGUGUCUGUAAAGCAACAACUGCUGAUGUUAUACUUCUACAGCUGGACGGCUGCUCUUUGGGGGUUUGAGGCUGGGUGUCUGUAAAGCAACAACUGCUGAUGUUAUACUUCUACAGCUGGACGGCUGCUCUUUGGGGGUUUGAGGCUGGGUGUCUGUAAAGCAACAACUGCUGAUGUUAUACUUCUACAUCUGGACGGCUGCUCUUUGGGGGUUUGAGGCUGGCUGUCUGUAAAGCAACACGUCUGGACGGCUGCUCUUUGGGGGUUUGAGGCUGGCUGUCUGUAAAGCAACACGUCUGGACGGCUGCUCUUUGGGGGUUUGAGGCUGGCUGUCUGUAAAGCAACAACUGCUGAUGUUAUACUUCUACAUCUGGAUGGCUGCUCUUUGGGGGUUUGAGGCUGGCUGUCUGUAAAGCAACACGUCUGGACGGCUGCUCUUUGGGGGUUUGAGGCUGGGUGUCUGUAAAGCAACAACUGCUGAUGUUAUACUUCUACGUCUGGACUGCUGCUCUUUGGGGGUUUGAGGCUGGCUGUCUGUAAAGCAACACGUCUGGACGGCUGCUCUUUGGGGGUUUGAGGCUGGGUGUCUGUAAAGCAACAACUGCUGAUGUUAUACUUCUACGUCUGGACUGCUGCUCUUUGGGGGUUUGAGGCUGGGUGUCUGUAAAGCAACACGUCUGGACGGCUGCUCUUUGGGGGUUUGAGGCUGGCUGUCUGUAAAGCAACAACUGCUGAUGUUAUACUUCUACGUCUGGACGGCUGCUCUUUGGGGGUUUGAGGCUGGCUGUCUGUAAAGCAACAACUGCUGAUGUAAUACUUCUACGUCUGGACGGCUGCUCUUUGGGGGUUUGAGGCUGGCUGUCUGUAAAGCAACAACUGCUGAUGUUAUACUUCUACGUCUGGACGGCUGCUCUUUGGGGGUUUGAGGCUGGGUGUCUGUAAAGCAACAACUGCUGAUGUUAUACUUCUACAGCUGGACGGCUGCUCUUUGGGGGUUUGAGGCUGAGUGUCUGUAAAGCAACAACUGCUGAUGUUAUACUUCUACAGCUGGACGGCUGCUCUUUGGGGGUUUGAGGCUGGCUGUCUGUAAAGCAACAACUGCUGAUGUUAUACUUCUACGUCUGGACGGCUGCUCUUUGGGGGUUUGAGGCUGGCUGUCUGUAAAGCAACACGUCUGGACUGCUGCUCUUUGGGGGUUUGAGGCUGGCUGUCUGUAAAGCAACAACUGCUGAUGUUAUGCUUCUACGUCUGGACGGCUGCUCUUUGGGGGUUUGAGGCUGGGUGUCUGUAAAGCAACAACUGCUGAUGUUAUACUUCUACGUCUGGACGGCUGCUCUUUGGGGGUUUGAGGCUGGGUGUCUGUAAAGCAACAACUGCUGAUGUAAAAAGGGCUUGAUAAAAUAACUUUGAUAGAUUGAUGAACUACUACUGCUACAUUUAGGACUCUGAUUACAGCCUUUGAGCAGCUCUAGUCUUCAGGCAUCUCUGACUUUAGUUAGUGUGUUUAUAGAGUGUUUAUAGUGUGCAAUGUGUUUAUAAGGUAGCCUAGUGGUUAGAGCGUUGGACUAGUAACUGAAAGGUUGCAAGAUCAAAUCCCUAACUCUAUAGAAAGGUAAAAAUCUGUCGUUCUGCCCCUGAACAAGGCAGUUAACCCACUGUUCCCCGGUAGGCUGUCAUUGUAAAUAAGAAUUUGUUCUUAACUGACUUGCCUAGUUAAAUAAAGGAUAAAUCAAAUAAAAAUGGUGUUAUAAUUAUGUUCAAAUGUGUUUAUAGCCAUAAUAGAUCACAGACUAUAUAUAUAUUAUACAUGUUAAAAACCUUUCUAUAGAGUUAGAGAUAAUAAAAUAUAAUGUGUGUGUGUGUGUGUGUGUGGAGGUGGUACAUGUUGAUAUUUCUCUAAAUGUGUUACAUUUCUGAGGCUGUCAGGGGGAGGGAAUGUGACAAGUCGGUUACACGGUUGACGUUCUGACUGUUUUCUCACGGGAAAAAGCGCCCCAGAACCAAGGGGGCGUUUAGUGUGACUAGCUGUCGGGUCAGAACAGAUGUAGAGCACAGGAAUCUGCUUCGCUCAUUGGUUUCCAGAAUAUAGACUUCGGGGCCCUCCAAUCUAGUCCUAUGUCUAUUACUAAAAGGCUAUUUAGCAUACAAACAAAUAAAGCAAACGCUUCUUACACGUAUGAGCUAUAUUAUCUCGAAACAGUUUAAUUAAGAUACACAUUGUAGGCAAUUACACAUGAGUUUAUUGAUCUGUAUUACUCUAAUAAUAUAUCGGUGCAAGUGGUUACUGUUUCUCACCCGCGGGGGCGGCUAUGUCAAGGUGUUUUGAAUUUGUGCGUGUGCAUAUUUGUGUGUGAGUGAGUGGAUAUUUACUGCUCUGAAACACGACGCUGGUGUAGGCUAUCUUCAGACCUGCGCGUGCUGCCGUACUAAUAUUUAUAAGAGCUAUCGGGAUGUGGCGCCAAGAACAUCCGUGCUUGUCCGCGUUAAGACGCACACACACACACACACACACACACACACACACUGAGCGAGAGACCGAGAAGUUCGUCCGCUCGGGGCGUGGUUUAGAGCGUGUCACUCAAGCGGAGGAGUCAGCUGCUGGCACGAGUCUGGGCGGGGUGACGUGUGCGGAGCUGGAGCCCAGGCAGCAGCAGAAGUUCGUUACUAAUGUCAGGACUUCCUCCUGUCUGUUAGUCACCAGUCUACUGCCGGAGGCUCCCAACGGUUUUACACGGAUAUUCCAUCCUGUCGAAAUGAAACGGAACUUUUACGGUGCAAAACAGAACUGUUGAUUCUGGUGGACCCGUAACCUUCUUUCCAGAGACCACGAUGUGAAUAAAUAGUCAUUUGCAGGAUUUAUUUGUGGAUUUUUGUGGUUACUGAAAGGCGGGACGUGGUCUGACCAUACUGGGGCGGAGGAGCGGUUGGUCAACCAUGCUGUGGCCAGGCUUAACGCACUGGGUAGCGGCUGUGUUUCUCUGUCGGGUCGCCUCGGCGCAGUACACCAGCGACCAGUGCAGCUGGAGAGGAAGUGGUCUGACCCAUGAGUCUCACUCCCGUGAUGUGGAGCAGGUAUACCUGCGUUGCUCCCAGGGCAGUCUAGAGUGGCUCUAUCCUACUGGGGCCCUCAUCGUCAACCUGCGGCCCAACACGGAGCCCACGUCUGGGGCUUCCUCCGGCCUGCACGCCUGCAUCAAGCCCCAGACAGACUCCCGCGGAUCACACCUCUACCUGGAGAGAGCUGGACAGCUCCGCCUGCUGAUGUCUGAGACAGAACAGGCGCAUGGCAGGGUGCAGUGUUUCUCCCUGACAGAGGGGGCGCUGUUCAUAGAGGCAGUGGGCCAGCAGGACAUCAGCAAGAGGAUCACAGUGUUUCAGUAUGAACUGGUGGCCAGCCACGGACCUGGAGCUCAUCUGUACCCACACCUCAACACUGGCACUGCCUCCUGUACACCCUGCACAGAUGACCAGAUCCUGAUGGCGGUAUGCACCAGCGACUUUGCGGGUCGUGGCAGUAUCCGUGGCGUUGACAUGCCCUCGUCAUCAGACCACUCCUCCGUUGCCGUGACGCUAAGCCGCCUGUUCCAUCAGAAGAGCGGAGUGUUCUCUCUGGACGGAGCCAGAGGAAAGGGGUGGUCCGGACGUCUGAACACGCCCCUGCGGUGCCGGCUGCAGCCGAGGGAGAAGGGGGAGUUCCUGUUCACGGGGGCAGUGAGGUUCGGAGAGGCGUGGCUUGGCUGCUCCCCGCACUACCGCCACUUUCUGAAGCUCUACAGGACCGCCCUGGAGACAGGAAGUAACCCCUGUCACAUGGACAUGGACACAGACUGAGGCACGCCCCUUCCGCCCAGGAGACAACCAAUCAGGGAACAGGAUUGGGAAACAAACUCAGCGAAUCAGGGACACAGAGAGAGAGGGCUGGGUCGCUGGCUGGACUGACAGGGCCCUGAUCCAAUCAGAGGAGUGAAGUCGUAAAGGGGCGGAAUCUUUGAUAUGACUGAGAGGUGGUUGGACGUGGUCCCAAGCCCUGCUAACCGAUUGGCUGAAGCUCUUACAGUUGCCUAGCAGCAAGGAUAGUUGGCCUGUGUCUGAACAGUUCUAAAGCCAUCUGUUGUCAUAGAAUGUCUUAAGACGCUGGUGUGUGUGUGUGUCUGUGUGUGUGUCUGUGUGUGUGUCUGUCUGUGUGUGUGUGUAUAGUGUGUGUGUAUAGUGUGUGUGUGUCUGUGUGUUUGUGCGCGUGUGUUGGAAAUAGAUGUAAAUAUGAUCAUUGUUGUAAUGAAAGUUUGUUUCGUGAAAAGCUUUAUGUUUACAGUUUAGAGGUUGUCUUCUGACAGAAGUGUAUAGUGGGUUCCUGCACAGCGUGUGUGUCUUAGCGUGUUUGUGUGUGUCUUAGCAUGCUCUUGUGUGUCUUAGCGUGUUUGUGUGUGCGCGCUAGUGAGUGUGUGAACGUGUAUGUACUAUCCUGUGAAUGUGUGUGUGCGCUAGCGUGUGUGGUUCUGCACUAGCUUGUGUGAAGGUGUGUCUGUGAAGGUGUGUGUGUGAAGGUGUGUGUGCGACUGUGUUAAAGUACAAUAGCACUCUGUCUCUCUGUUCUAGGGAAUAAACUAUCUUCCUGGAACAAG